AUUCAGAAAAUGACGAGUGUUUUUAUGGAAACGUUAAAUCUUUUCAUAACUGCUUCUAAAAUAUUUGGACUUAUGAAUUAUUGUUGUACCAUGGAAUCUGGAUUAUUGUACCGGAACACGAAAUCAACAUAUUAUAUUUUUCUGGAAUGUAUACGAAUGUUUGUAUACUUAAUUUUUUCUUAUCAUAUAAUUUUCAAUAUGGGAUGUUUUUACAUACUCGUUGAUUUCAAUAUCAUCAAAUAUUGGGCCAUCGUCAUAACGGCAAGAAUUUCGGAGAAAUGGAUAAUAAAGUUUAUUAAUGGCAUCAUCAAAUUCGACAACAAACUAUUAUUAUUUAAUUCAUCGAUCCCUGUUAAAUUAUAUUCAAAAAGUAAAACAUUUUGGAAUGUUAUUUUUGCUAGUUUUUUUUUGUAUUUUCUUUGUUGUCAAUAUUUUCUUAUUUUACAAUUUGGUAGAAGAAUUAAAGACUUAUCUGAUUAUUCAACGGUCGUGUUCCAUUCACCAGAUAUUAUUAUCUUUAUAGUAAUGAUUACGUCGCUUUAUUAUCUCAGUAACUUGGGGUACCGGUUUUGUGAAUUGAAUAGGUUAUGGAAAUGUUUACCUUUUGGAUUACUCGCUUUGCCAGGUGGAUGGACAAAUUCAGAGAUAACUGUAUUAGUAGAACGUAUACGAUUGUUACAUGCUGAACUUUCUGAGUUACUUAGAUUGUUUAGUUUGGGUUACGGGCCAGUCUUAUUGGUAUAUUUUACAUUUACAUUCGCCCAUGCUUUAAUAGAAACUUUUUUAUUUACCAUAUAUAAGGAUUCACUUAGGAAUAAUAUUUUUCCAUACAUCUUCUAUCUACAACACAUUUUUAACAUGAUUUCAAUCAUCUACAUCACCGCGUGGGUCAUUGAAAAGAAAAAAAAAAUUAUUUCAUGUUUGCGAUUGAUCCGAAUUUCUGAAAUGACUAUCCAUACCAAGUUACAAAUUAAAAUAUUCAUGAAUCAGAUAUCAAUGUAUGAACCAAAUGAAAUAACAGCCUUUGGAUUCUUCAAUUUUGAUGUAAAAUUAACGAUGUCAAUUUUAGUAUUAUUGAUUACUGCGAUCUCGACCAUGCUGCAAAUGAAAGAUCACCCGUGGAUGUUGUACUUGAAGAACGCAUGGAUACUCAACGUUUAUAAUAAUAUGCAAACUAAUAAGUAUUAAGUAUCUUAUACAUUACAAAUAAGAGGGAAUCGUUGAUUAUUACCUAUCGAUAGUAAUUUUAAUUUGUCAGUUUGAGUUUUGACUUAUUAAUUUAUUGUGCACAUUUAAUUUUUAACAUAACUUUUGAUAAUAAUAUAAUACAAUUAUAAUUCAUAUUUGAUUAUUUGAUUAUUUUUAUAAUUUCAAGAUUUUUAGGUCAUCAAGUUCCUAAAUUAAUUUUAUAAAUAUAUUAUAGUACUAAGUUAUAUGUGGCUG